UGAACAUUUAGGAUCGCAUAGUCCCAAAUGUCAUUGCAUCAAUAGUUGACUGUACAAUAUGUCCAAAGUAUAUAUUGUACAGAAUGGUUUGCAUGGAUUCAAUGGUGUGACCUCUGGCCAGACAACUCGAGCUGGGGUGUAUCAGUCAGUUGCAACGUUCCGUUUUGCAACAAAGGAGUUUAAUUUGGACUAAUUCGGGUAGGUAUUUCCCCGUUUCGUUUUCUUCCUUUUAAGAAACGUUUUGCAACAAUAGGCGUAAUGAAUAUGCCCCUGGCGUGGGUUGUCAACACUUAUGUACACGUCAGUGUUUCACGAGAGCUGGGGGACCAGGAAGUAGCGCGAAUUAUGUGCAGCUGAUAUUUUGUCCAUUUGAAAGCUGGAAGGAUGGGCAGGCAGAGGAAGAGAGUGGUGACCGGCGAGGCUGACCCCCCUCCCACAAGGAAAGACGAGAAGCCUGCCACCCUACAACGCAAGGAGAAAAAAAAGAAGCUCGACAUUGGCAAAAUCUUCAUCAACAUCUCCAUCGGCCUCUGCAUCUUCAGCCUUAUCUGGUUCUUCUAUGCCCUUUACAUGCGUUCCUCGCUGGCCAAACGGGUGGUAACUUUGCACCACUCGCCGCCUGUCCUCGAUGUCAACAGCACCAGCGCUGAGGUCUCCCCUGAGAGGUUUUGGGGCUCCUACCGACCCCAGGUCUACUUUGGGAUGAAAACCAGGAGCCCAAGAUCUGUUGUCACAGGGAUGAUGUGGAUGCGUCAGUUCUCUGAGGUGGACGUGAACCUCAGGCACACAUGUGAGCAGGGCGACAGGCUGCAGGGCUAUGGCUGGCUGAUGCAUGAUGGCCUUAGCUUUGGUGUGCAGGAGAUCCACGACAGCGACUUUACGCUCACCACAGAGUUUGUCAAGCGGAUGGGCGGUGAGCACGGAGGGGACUGGACCUGGAGGAUCACAGCCAAGCAGCAUAGUUCGGCUCCCCACGCGCCAGUCAUCUCCCUGAUGUUCUACGCUGCUGCCGACACCCAGGGUUACCUGGAGGCCCACGUGGAAGAGAGGAACCGUCUAGGUUCCAUCACUGGGUUCUCAGAGGAGCUGGGGAAUUUCAAGAUCACCUUCCGCAAGCCUGUCGCUGGGGAGUCCUCCAGUGCCAAAUAUGCCAGCUACAACUACCUCCAGACCAUGUCGCCAGGCUUGGAGAGGCUGACGGACAUUGUGAGGAACAGCUUGAACCGCAGAUUCGUCUACAGCCACCCCUCUGGCGAGAAGAGGCAGUACAUUGCGGUGGACACCUACAAGCCCCAGCACCAGCCGAAAUCAGCCGACCCCAGAAAGGAGAGUGACUUUGUCCUGCACCAGGUCACCGUCCAGACGCCCUUCCAGAUUGAGGUCCUGUUCGAGUCUGGUAGCUUCCGCGAUCGUCCCAACCAGCUGUCAGCGGCGGCCAUGACAGAGGAGCUGGAGAAGAGGAAGGCGGCGUUCGACGCCAAGUUCGAGAAGACGUUCGGCCUCCAGGCCAAAGGCUUGGGCCAGGCCCAGGUGAAGUUCAGCAAGGCGGCGCUGAGCAACAUGCUGGGCGGGAUGGGUUACUUCUACGGCCAGUCGGUGGUCCAGUCGGUGUACAAUGAGUACCCGCUGCUCUACCCUGAGGGUGCCCUGUUCACCGCCGUGCCCUCGCGUUCCUUCUUCCCCCGGGGGUUCCUGUGGGACGAAGGCUUCCACCAGCUGCUGCUCAGCAAGUGGGACCCCCAGGUGACGCGGGAGGCCACGGCUCACUGGUUGGACCUGGUCAAUAUGGAGGGAUGGAUUCCCCGGGAGCAGAUCCUUGGUGACGAGGCGCGCAGCAAGGUUCCUGCCGAGUUUGUGGUGCAGCGCAAUGAGAACGCCAACCCUCCCACCCUCUUCUUGGCCCUGCAGAAGCUAGUGGAGCAGCUCCAAGCCAACCCGGACGCAGAGUCCUCACGGCCCACCCUGCCCUUCCUCCGCAGGCUCUACCCCCGGCUCCAGACGUGGUUUGAGUGGUACAACACCACCCAGACAGGCCCGCUGCCCAACUCCUACCGCUGGCGGGGCCGUGACAAGGACACCAACCUCUUCCUCAAUCCCAAGACGCUGACAUCCGGCCUGGAUGACUAUCCGCGGGCCUCGCAUCCAUCAGCUGAGGAGCGCCACGUGGACCUGCACUGCUGGAUGGCCCUGGCGUCAGGCACCAUGGCCAGCGUAGCCCGGCUGCUGGGAGAGCCACACCAGGAGUACGAGCGCACCCACCAGACGCUCAGCGACAACGCACUGCUGGACGAGCUGCACUGGUCAAACCAGCUUCGCUCCUUCAGCGACUAUGGAAACCACACGCAGGCGGUGUCGCUGCAGCAGGAGAAGGUGUACGUGCCCCCAGGGCAGCCGAGGCACCAGUUUCCCGUGGCGCGCCUGGUGCGCUCGGUCCGCCGGGCCCCCAAGCCGCAGUUCGUCAAUGCUUUGGGCUACAUCAGCCUAUUCCCCUUCCUGCUGCACGUCCUAACGCCCGACUCGCCCAAGCUAGAACACAUCUUCAGAGACAUGAGGGACGCGGACAAGCUGUGGACGCCCUACGGCCUGCGCUCUCUGUCCAGGGCCGACCCACUCUACAUGAAACGCAACACGGAGCACGAUGCCCCCUACUGGCGGGGCCCCAUAUGGAUCAACAUUAACUACCUGGCUGUCAGGGCCCUGCACCACUAUGGCAACACUGAGGGGCCAUAUCAGGAGAAGGCGGCCACCCUCUACCAGGAACUCAGAACUAAUAUCAUGAACAAUGUUUACAGACAGUAUGCAGAGACUGGGUAUAUAUGGGAACAGUACAAUGACAGCACGGGCAGUGGGCAAGGGAGCCACCCCUUCACCGGCUGGUCGGCACUAACUGUUUUGAUAAUGGCUGAGCAGUAUUGACACUGAUGCAAAAAAAAUAUAUCUUGCUUUUUGUAAGAUGUUCUCUUAAAAUGUGCCAUUUUUACUCCCUCCAUCUGUCUCCUUAAUGCCAACAGAUGUUAGGUCUAUGAUUUUAAGAUUUUCUUAAAUAAUAUGAUUUUCUCAAAUGAUAACUAGAACUCCAAUGUUCCAAUUCUUCACCUUUGGCUGUCUCAUUGAGUGUUUGUACAAAGCCCAUACCCCAAAGAAUGCAUGAAAGGUUAUUUUUGACUACCCCAAAUACUUCUCAAUGAACUCCCCAAGUGCCGCCUGACUGAGAGAAGUCUGUCUGAUGGCAGAAACCUUUUAAGAACUAUAGUAACAAUAGUAGUAGCGAAAGAAUAGUCUUGACAUAAAUCAUUCAAAUGGUAUCAUAUCAAGACUACCGUAGGAACUAAUGCACUUUUCAAAGUCAAUCAUUCAAGCGUUUUUCUUUUUUUUUGUCUCCGCAGAUGUUUUCUGUUGAACAAAAUAAUACUUGUAUUGAGAAAUAGUGUAUUCAGUCUUAAAAUAUUUGAUCCCUAGGUUAAUUUUGUUUCGGGUUGCUUUGUCCCGUCGUCAUACAAUCUCAUUUAAGCCCGUAUAAAAUUGAGAAAUAAGUUUUGAUGUCGUCAAAUGUUUUGCUGCGAACACAAACGGUUUCCUGUUAAUUUUAUCAAUGCAAAACAAGACGAAGAUGUAUCGUAUCUCCACUGGUAGCAGAUACCCUGAGUGGCACGGAAUAACAUGACUAUCUUCAUUGCGUUGGUUUGUUACAUCUUCAGUGGAAAGAACAAUAAAUAUGUCAAACCCUUA